CUGUGUCCUUGACUUUGGUGCCACUUUUCCCUGCCUGCAGCACUCCAGAGAGCGCUUCCAGCGGUGUGGGUGAGGAACUGAUCAGGCUUGGACAGUUCAGCAACACCAGGCUGAUAGCGGAGGCGGAGGGGGAGGGAACAAGCGGAGGAGCGAGGUGAAGCGAGAACUGAAGACAAGCAGUAAGCAUGAGAUGGAUGCACCCAAACCCUCGCAAGAGGUAUGGCAUGGAGAUGGCCCGGUUCUUCAUGUACGUCUCGGUGCCCGUGGUUGUGAUCACGAUUUGCAGCGACCCGAAGAACAUGAAUACGUUGCUGCGAGGGUUUAAGUUUGUUGAGUACCCGCCCGAGUCGAAGAAGCUCCCGUCAGGAAAGGAAAUCGUUGAAAUGAUGGAGGAGAGGGAGGCCAAGAGGCGAACCGCAGCGACGAGGUCGGGAAUGGAUGCGCAUCUCGCGGCUGCGGGAGCGGUGACCAGGACCCCGACAUCACGACGUACCGACACUACCCUCGACGCCACCGCUACCGUGCCUCCAACGCCCGAUGCGUCGCGCGAAGUGGACCAAUCUGCAGCCGGAACGGCGUCUAAGAAAAGGGGAUGGUUUAGUUGGCGAUGAAGAGGAAAGGAUUGGCAAAUUUCUUCGUAUUUUUUGUGACGGUCUUGCGUUUAUUGAUGCUUCCUAGUUGCCGCAGUCGGCCGGUUGUAUGCCAGGUCGCGUAUGCAUACAUGCCCGUUUUUCGUGCCUCGCGUUUUGCACACAGCGCUCUCCAAGAUUCGACGAGCGGCAACAACAUGAUGGCCGAAACCGAUGUGCCGAUCAACAGUAGAGAUGCGGCCCAAAGGGCAUUUUCUGCUUCUCGACAGUUUGAGCUGUUUCCUCGACGACACGGGGGGUGUUUCGGGUGUACAGCACUAAAUGUGCGCUGCAGACUUUCCUGCCUCAUGGCAGCGGUUCCAAAGUAUCUGGUGUCAUCAAUGUAAGGCUGGAGCACUGGCCGGUGAUCGUCCGGUGGGAUGUUGUGUAGUUCUGGCCGAGGACGUGCUUCGGGUGCUCGUUGUGCUUUCUAACGUGUGCUAAAGAUAGCCUCCAAGAAGGAGGCUCGGCGGGGUGGCAUUUCCGUGGCAUUGGGAUGGGAAAGAGACGUCGUAACAUGUGUGCAUAGCUGUCUCGGCGUAUGUUGUAUUAGACGCCGUUUUCUUGUUGUCUUGUCUAACAAGACAGGCGAUUAGUGACGUACAUGAAUGGUAUCUGCGCUCCGUGUACUUACUGCCUGUAGUACAACCUAAGAUAUAUUUUUGAUGCAUAUGCUCUGACAAUUUGUUCGGGUCUUUCGCGUCAGUUUGUUGGAAACGCUGCUCUCGAAGCGAGAUGCGCACGCUCCUAUCGCUGCGUAUGGCUCUUCUCCGCCGCAAGAAAUUGCUCGGUGAACCAGAGGUUCGAUACCACUAGCUAAAAGCUGGAGGUUCAUGAAACGCCGUGCCCCGCGAUACGACUUUUAGCUGGGGCGCAUCUUCUACCGGUACGUGCGUA